AUGGACCUGUUCUUUCCGAAGCUCCUGGCUCGCUAUGAUCUGCGUACGAGUGAGUCCUUCGACUGCCAGGAUGGCUUCGGUUACGGUGCCUUCCAGAAGCGCCUGUUCAUUCUUCUUAUUCUCGCGUCUUUUUCGGUCAUCUGCCAAACUUCUAUUGCAACUCACGUCUUCGGUGACGUGGACCAUUGGUGCAAGCGGCCCAGGGGCCUAAACAUUUCUCUAGGCGAAUGGAAGAACAUAGCCAUACCGCUAGAAGCCGACGGAAGGCUUAGCCAAUGCCGUGUCUACGAGCGCUGCAUGCCUCCGGUUGACCUCAACCUUCCAAACAGGCAACGGGUGGACAGCGGCAUGCGAGAACAGCCGGACAUGUGGUAUAAUGACUGCCUGAACACUGGCCCAGAAGCUGCCAACGACACGCGAGAGAAGUUCUGCCAAGAAUGGGAGUACGAUGACUCAGUGGCCGAUUCUACAGCGGUGACCCCUUGGAACUUGGUCUGUCAUCGACGCCUAUUAAGGAUCGCUGUCGUAGCCCUGCAAUAUGCGGGCGCCGUCCUGAUUCUCGUUAUAUCUGGAAUAUACGCGGACUCGCUAAGUCGAAGGAGGUGUCUCUUGGCGUCCGCUGCAGCGUUGUCGACCACCACGGUCUGCAAUUUUCUGGCGAACACCUAUUACCUUUACGCCGCGGCACGCUUCCUUGCCGGAGGCUUCGUGGCCGUGAACGAAGUCUUCAGCACCGUGAUCCCGUUCGAAGUAACGGCGCACGCUCACAGACCACAGCAAGUCAUCCUGUGGCAAAUGGUGGGCAUCUUGCUGGCCGAACUGUGGGAAAUCCUAAUGAGGCGCUUGACCAUGUCCUGGUCACUCAAGCAGCUCGUCUUUCUCGCGCCUACGCUCCUACUCCUCCCCGUGUCUCUCAUGGCACCCGAAUCACCUCGUUGGCUCGUUGCGAAAGGACGAUUACACGAGGCCGAGGCUGUGAUGAUCCAGGCUGCUAAUAUUAACGACUUCCCCCUUCCAGACACGGCUGCUCUGAUGCACAGGCUCCGAGAACAGGCCGAGGCGAGGACAAGUUCCCCGAUAGCCAUCGAGGGAGAUAUGCUGGACUCUCACUCCCUGCGACGGCGGGUGCUCGCCAUGUUUGUCGCCUAUUUCUCGAUAACGUUCUCGUACUAUGUGGCCGUGUUCGCGACGGCGCCGAUCCACGAGGUUUGGAUGCCUUACGGCGUUGUCGUAGCCACGCUCUUCUCUUGCGGGGUGAUGCAGGCCCUGGUUUCCGGUAUCGCCCUAGUGACGAUGAUGAACACGUUUCUGGUGAUGACAGCCGUAAUCGAUUGCUUGCUGAGUGUCGCCGCCGGCACUGGGGUCACCACGAUCACGAACGUUCUCAUCGUGCUCUCUAGGGGCGUGUCUCUGGCCGUGAUCGUUCACGUUUUCGUGUUCGUCAUGGAGCUCUUCCCAUCGGCCGUCAGGAGCGGCGCGGUGUGCUGGGUAUUCGCUAGCGGACGCGUUGGAGCCCUGUUUUCGUCCGUGACGUUUGAACUGCACCUUCAUGGUCGAGAGUACAUGGUAUUCGCCAUCGCCUCUUUUCUCCUGUUCCUGUCGCUGCUGGUGAUACGGGUCCUUCCCCGAACUACCAUGGUCGAACAGGCCAAAGAGGCCAAUCUCGGUUCAUCUUCCACCAGGAACACCAUGGAACACAUGAGACGUACUCUUGAGCGGCCGACAGAUCGUAAGACCAAAUAUGGAAGCGCCGAGCGCCCGAAAGGUCGAAGGAGUCUCACUAGUGAUCCGGAAUUUUCUCCCAAGGCGUCAACUGGGCGACACGGCCACAAAUCUAACUAG